AUGGCGAUGGCGAGCAUGAGACGUGGUGGUGUUCGGGCCGCGCAGAACUCGAUGACGACGACCCGUCGCGCAUUUUUGGCGACCGAUGCGGCGCCCCUCAAGCGCACCGCCCUCCAUGCGGAUCACGUGGCUCUGGGUGGCCGGAUGGUGCCCUUCUGCGGCUGGGACAUGCCGGUCCAGUACAAGGAGAGCAUCAUCGACACUCACACUCACACGCGCACCCACGCCGGCCUCUUCGACGUGUCGCACAUGGGCCAGCUCAAGCUGCACGGCCGUGACCGAGUGGAGUUCAUGGAGAGCCUCGUGGUGGGCGACAUCAAGGGCCUCGCCACGGACAACGCCCGUCUCUCGCUCUUCACCAACGAGCAGGGCGGCAUCAAGGACGACACGGUGAUCACGAACGGCGCGGACUGGCUGUACGUGGUGGUCAACGCCGGCUGUGCGGACAAGGAUCUGGCCCACAUCCAGGAGCACCUCGCCCGCUUCAAGGCCAGCGGCAAGGAGGUCGACCUCGAGAUCCUCUCGCCCGACUACUCCCUCGUCGCCCUCCAAGGCACGGGCGAUCUCUUCAGACCCGAGGCUGCGGCCGUGGUGGGUGAGCACAUUGCGGGAGGCCCCGAGUCUCUGCGCGGGCUGGCCUUCAUGUCGGGCCGCGACACCCGCUUCGAUUCGCUCCCCGUCCGCAUUACUCGCUGCGGCUACACCGGCGAGGACGGCUUUGAGAUUUCGGUGCCCACGUCCGAUGCGGUGACGCUGUGGCGAACGCUGCUGCAGCACACGGGCAAGGUGAUGCCCGUCGGACUGGCCGCGCGCGACAGCUUGCGCCUCGAGGCCGGCCUGUGCCUCUACGGCAACGAUAUCACCGAGGAGACCACCCCCAUCGAAGCCGGCCUCGCCUGGACCAUCGGCAAGCGCAGGAGAGCCGAGGGAGGCUUCCCCGGUGCCGACGUCAUCCUGAAGCAGAUCAAGGAGGGCGUCACCCGCAAGCGCGUCGGCUUCGUCCUCGCCGAGGGCAUCGCCAGAGCUCAUGCGACGGUGCACGAUGAGAAGGGCGAGCUGCUGGGCGAGGCGACGAGCGGCGGCUACGGCCCCUCGCUCAAGAAGGCCGUGGGCAUGACCUACCUGCCCACCGCCCUGGCCAAGAACGGGACGCCCAUCCAGGUGCAGGUGCGCAAGAAGUUCUACCCGGCGACCGUGGCGGCCAUGCCCUUCCACCCGACCAACUACUACAAGCCCACCCAGUAG